GGCACGUCGGGUCGGUCGUGGAACUUUUGCUUUGAAAGGUCAGUAAUGACCUCAUGACACCACUAGGCUCUCCUUUACUUUAGGGAGUCGUCCAGCAGCGAAGUCUAGUUUAUUUACUCAGGUUGCCGAUUGAAGUUAUCACUCUUUGCUAGCUAGGAGGAACGUUAGCAGGCCAAUUAAUAAGCUGUUCUUUGGUGUUUUUCCGCUCUCUAAGAGCAAUGGAGAAAGCUAAACAAGAUGCAUUUGAUAAUGCCAGACUUCAAGUGAUCAAAGAUGGCUAUGAAAGGGCCUUCGAGUGCAUCAAUAAAGGACUCACUGCAGAUGAAGCCGGAGACAAGAGUCAGGCCCUGGAGCUCUACAAGAAAGGACGACAGCACCUUCUUAGGGCUAUCAGUGUACCUUCGAAGGGGGAAGAGUGUGUUGGCAACUCCUGGGAAUCAGCAAGGCAGAUGCAGCAGAAGAUGCAGGAGACCCUGAACAACAUCACCACCCGCAUGGCCAUACUAGAGACCAGCUCUGACUCUGAAUCUGCAGUAUCUGCCCCUGAUGCAACAAGCAUUUCUGCAAAAGGUCUCUACCCAGGACUUCCCACCACAGAGAAGCCAGUACGGCCGCCUCCACCAGACAUUCCUUCUGCUAAUGGUCAGCCAGCUAGAGCUGUAGGAGGUUUGCCUCCAAGCAGAGGAGUGGGUCUACCCCUCUCACCUACCAGACCCUCUGCAGUUCCUGCCGAACAGCCUCCAGCCUACUCUCCUCAGGCAGCCGAUGGUCACAUAUCAGUCUCAUAUGGAACAGAUUCAGGGGAGAUGUCAUUGGUCGGGGAAGAGUUCUACAGUCAUACAUCUAACUCGACACCUUCCCCUCAGAGCAUAGGUGAAGAUGGAGAGGAGCUGCUGUACAUUCCCAACGGUGUGCAGAUAUUUUUUGUCACACCUGAGGGGCAAGUGAGCGCUCCCUCAUACCCCGGCUACCUGCGGCUGGUGAGGUUUACCAGCGAUCACUCAGACAGAGUGCCUAAUCGACCACCAGCAUUUCUGCAGGUGUGUGACUGGCUGUACCCUCUCAUGGCCAUGAACUCUCCAGUGUUACUCUGUAACACUGGUGUGUUUAUGUUUCCGGACAUGAUGGCACCAGCUCCAGGGUAUUAUGUGGGAGUGGUUUUGUCCUCUGAGCUCCCUGCUACAGACAGAGGACUGUUUCAGGACCUGUUGUCCCAGAUGACAGAUCUGAGGGUUCAGGCUCCAGAAGAAGCUGCAGAUACCAUUAAUCUCAGCCAGAAGGUGUCUAUUGAUACACCUGAGCAACCAGCAGAGGCUCCUGCAGAGACUCCAGCAGAGACUGAAGAGGAAAAGACUUUACCUGAAUGGAGUGAAAAGGUGGCAAACGGGAUCCUGACAGGUGCAUCCUGGCUAAGCUGGGGACUGGUCAAAGGAGCUGAGUACACAGGCAUAGCCAUUCACAAAGGGGCAGCUAAACUCAGAGAACAUAUCACUCCAGAGGACAAACCCACCCCCGUCAGCCCCACAGUCACAAAAGGCCUCCAUGUUGCCAAGCAAGCUACAGGAGGAGCUGUCAAAGUCAGCCAGUUUCUAGUGGAUGGCGUGUGUUCUGUUGCUAGCUGCGUGGGUCGAGAGUUGGCUCCACAUGUGAAAAAACACGGAGGCAAGCUGAUCCCAGAGUCUAUGAAGAAGGAUAAAGAUGGGCGUUCCAACAUUGAUGGAGCCAUGGUGGUGGCUGCAAGUGGUGUGCAAGGAUUUGCAACCAUGUGGACAGGUUUGGAAGUAGCAGCAAAGGACAUAGCUACAAGUGUAGCUUCAGAAACAGUGAGCACCGUAAAACACAAAUUUAGGGGUCUACAAAACAACUCUGACACUCCUAAUGAGACAAAGUGUAAUUUUUCCUGAUUCUCCGCAACUGUUUAAUUCUUUUCACUUCUAAUUGUGCACAUAACACAAGCUUCUGGGUUUUUGUUUUUUUUUUUGUUCUCUUUAACAAAGCACUCUUCAGCCCUAUGCUGUACCAGUUCACUCCCUUUUCUUGUGUGCCAAUUUGGAUUACGGGGCCUCUUUAAGUGAUUCCAUUGAUUUCUAACAGUGUUUCUGAAGGAAAUGUUAUAAUUGACAGUAUUUUCAUCCUGCCUGCCUCAACGGGUUCUCGUGUUCUAAGAAAUUCUGCAAAAUGGUUAUCAGAUAUCUUCACAUCAGAGUUAAAAACUGGUUUCAGGAGGGAAAUUCUUAAAAUGUUCUUUUAAUGAUGAAAAUCUGCCGUACUGUUUCUUUCUUUGAAUACGUUUUGGCUUCGUUAGGCAUCCCUGGGAAAUCACUAAGCUGGACUCUACAGUAUUACAUUUGCUUUGUUUUUGCAUGCAUGUGUCAAUACAAGUUGAUUUGGUUAGAAUUUGUAAAUGAAAUUGGCCAAAAAAGAUCUUCCCAUCUGCUUCCAAUUGGGUAAAAUUGCCUAUAUUCUGGCAAACAAAUGUAUUUAUUCCAGAUUGCACACUUGCAUGCACUUGCAACCCUCACUCCCUCACAGAAAUUCACUCGACGCAUGAUGGCAUCUUUACAGUCUUUGCACUACAUAUUAAUUAAUUCUUCCCAUACCCUCUUCUCCCCGCCUCUCGCUCUGACCUCUCACUCAAUCUGACUCUGAAGGUACGGAGCAGCGGCAGGACAAGCCACAGACCACGCUGUCAAUUCUGCCAUUAAUGUCGGUAUCACUGCCUUCAAUGUUGACAACCUGGGGAUCAAAGCUGUGGUGAAAAGGACUGGCAGGCACACAGCGCAAGCACUUUUGGAAGACUACAAGAUUCAGAAAAAACCUGAAAAUGGGACUCAAGUGGAGAAGUUGGAGAAAUAGCUGGUAGUGUCCUGCCUCAUUCCCACAGCAAUGCCUUAAAACAAAAUUUGUAAUUUCUAUUAAAUCAUUCUAUAUUUAAUAUUCUUUAUUUAUAAAACCUGGUUCUAGAUUUACAAGGUAACUACUGAUUAUAUUCAUAUCCUAUAGUUUGAUACUGCUUGGAACUUGCACUUUAAUAUUUAUGUAAUACAGGAAGAUUGGACCUAAAUGUGAAGGACCUGAAAAUUAUAUAAUACACACCAAAAGAUUAAUUAUAAAUGAUACAAUAUCCUACAUAACAUUUAAUUCAUUUUGAACUGUUUAACACUGCUGUUUGUAUGAAGAAAGCUUUGUUCUUGAAUAGAGACAUAAUUAUUUAAUAUGCAUUUGUGUUUCCCAUAAUAGCAAAUGUGUUUUAAACAAAAGAUGAUGAAAUAUAUGUGUGCAUAUUUACUUUCACAUAUAUUUAAGACCAAAGUAAUACCAGCUGUACUGUUUCACUAUGGUGUUGAAAAUGUCAAGUUAUCUCUGCUUCUAACUGUGCCUUCAAAUAUCAAAUGAUAAUGUUAAAAAUUAAUAUUUCAAGCUCCAAAAUUUGACUAAAACGCAACAGAUUCUGGACAAGUAUGUAGUCUCUCUAUACUCAAUCAGUAACCAGUAAGAUGUAAAUGCAUCUCAGGAGUCUAAAAGAUGUUGUGCUCCAGUCUGCAGGGCUUGCUUCUGUAUUUUCGACUUAGUUGUAGCCAUGUUAUUUUUAAAUGUGGCUUAUUGUAUUUCAUAAAAAAUUCACUGUAAUAUGUAAACAAUAUAUCCCGAAGAGUAUUUGUAAUGUUUAAAUGGCCUCUAGUUGCACAUUGAGAUUUUGUUCCCAGCUGAAUUACUCAAUAAAGAUGAAGACUAAAUGAA